AUGCCAGAUCUUUUUGAUAAUUUCUUCACUUCAAUAAGUGCAAAGCUAAACGGCGGUCACACAAAACGUCACUAUUCCGCUGAUUCGCAAGUCAACACGGGGAAAUUUUAUAGUUAUCAUAAUACAGCAAGCAAUAAUAACUAUUGGUUGCCUAGAAAAGCGUCAGUUUCACUGGUUGAUGAUGAUGCUGUUAAGCUAGAAGAGGAUACAAAUGAGAGUGGUGGUGGUAAUUUUGGAGCGAUUGAUAAUGAGAAAAAGAGAAGGAGCGCCAGUGAGUGA